CAAUUCAUCCCACCACCUAAAAGAGGAUGGGGGACUUCUUGCUAACUUGGUACAAUGUUAUAAGAAAAUACCAAAGGGUGAGGAAGUGGCUAAAAGCGGCAGUAAUUAUUUUAGAAAAAGUUGGUAUAGUGGCUACGGCACGGAAAUUUAUUGUAAAAAAUGUGCGAUUGAAAAAGACGGGUUUGAUAGAAUUUCUCAGUGGAUAGAGUACUCGUUUCCUAAACAAGUUGUCGGAG